CCUUUCGAGUGUUGCAAUUCGUUUUCAAAACAGCACAGCCAAAGCAAUCGGUUCAAUUUCGUGGCUAGAAUACUGUAUUUAUUAAGAACAAAACAGCAGACCCCGAAUGGAAAAAAAAGCAAGAGAACAAAAAAUAACGGGGAAAUAUAAAAGUUUGAUCAAUGCUGCCUGCGUGUUGAUGGAGUAGUUGCUUUUCCUGCACCACUUGAAGGCAACGUGUAGCAGUUCAUACUAUCAUGGCGCCGGACGAGUCCGAGCACGUCUGCGACAUCAAAGUUUAAUUGCCGAACCAUUUGUAAAGGCUUUUAUUCACGGGACCCUGAAUAUUUAUGAGGCCAAGGCGAGGACAAACACGGGCUAGGUGUUCUCCGAAAGGACCCACCCACCCUCCAACCCCCUUUCAGUGGAAAUGGACACUGCUGGUGUAUUUAUAGCCUCAGCACACAAGUGAGCUGCCUGUCUUUCAUAAGAAGGAACUAGUCAUAUCAGUCCAAGCUGGCGAAUGUUCUAGACUGUUGUGUUCUCAUUCCGAAUCCUGCUCCGAAGGGCUCUCAGGAGUAUAAAAAUGAACUUUUGAGAUCAUUUUGGAUUAGUUGUAGACUGUAUUGACAGAUGUAAACGUCUUCCAGAGCGCAACCACUUGAGACGAGAUGGAGAACCCCAUCUUACAGACGCAACCGUCCACCCUGCCGUUUUUUGACACGGCCCACGCCUUCAACCUGCUUCGAGGAAUCCAUGAGCUCCGUGCGGAGCGAAAGUUUUUUGAUGUGACUUUAUGCGCAGAGGGCCGCGAGUUCCACUGCCACCGCACAGUGUUGGCCGCCGCCAGCACUUACUUCCGGGCUAUGUUCGCCGGUACGCUACGGGAGAGCAUCAUGGACCGGGUGGUUCUACAUGAGGUUUCGGCCGAGCUUCUGGGACUGCUGGUGGACUUUUGCUACACAGGACGGGUCACUGUCACGCAGGACAAUGUGGAUCUUCUGCUGAAAACAGCAGAUCUGUUUCAGUUCCCGUCUGUCAAAGAGGCCUGCUGCGCUUUCCUGGAACAGCGUCUGGAUGUUUCCAACUGCUUGGAAAUCCAGGACUUUGCAGAGGCCUAUGCUUGCCGAGAGCUGGCGGCCAGCGCACGCCGCUUUGUCCUCAAAAACUUAAUGGAUCUUGCGAAAGGGACAGACUUUGAACGCUUACCUUGGAAGCGUCUCCUUGAGUUUGUGUCUGAUGAUGAGCUGUGCGUAGACAAAGAGGAGACUGUGUAUCAGAUCGCAGUGCGCUGGGUAAAGGCCGACCUUCAGCGGAGACUUCACUAUUGGCCCGAGCUCCUCCAGCAGGUACGACUCCCUUUUGUCAGGAGAUUCUUCCUUUUGGCCCAUGUCGAGAGCGACCCCCUGGUAUACCUUUCGCCCACCUGCCUCCGUAUGGUGAACGAGGCCCGUAGCUUCCAGUCCAGCGAGUAUGACCGCCACGACAGACCUUGCCGCCGCAUGCGUCCACGACCGUCCACCGGACUGGCUGAGAUCCUGGUGGUUGUGGGAGGUUGCGACCAGGACUGUGAUGAGCUAGUCACAGUGGACUGCUUCAACCCUCAGACGGGCCAAUGGCGAUACCUGGCGGAGUUCCCAGACCACCUCGGUGGGGGCUACAGCAUAGCUGCCCUCGGGAAUGAUAUGUAUGUCACAGGUGGCUCUGACGGCUCCCGCCUCUAUGACGGCGUGUGGCGCUAUAAGUCCAGCGUCAACGAAUGGACGGAGGUGUCGCCCAUGCUGAAAGCGCGCGAGUAUCACAGCUCGUGCGUGCUUAAAGGUCAGCUGUACGUGGUGGCGUCAGACAGCACCGAGCGCUACGACCACACGCUGGACUGCUGGGAGGCCUUGCCACCCAUGCUGCACUCUAUGGACAACUGCUCCACCACCACAUGCAACGGACGCCUGUACGCUAUCGGCUGUCUCGCCGGGGAAGACACCAUGGCCGUCCAGAGCUACGAGCCAGACAGCAAACGGUGGUCCAUGGUCAACUGUGGACAGCUGCCGCCGUGGUCUUUCACCCCUAAAACGGUGACCCUCAACGGCCUCAUCUUCUUUGUGAGGGAUGACUCGGCAGAGGUCGACGUUUACAACCCUCCGAAGAACGAGUGGGAUAAGAUUUGUCCGAUGAACCAGGUCCAUGUCGGAGGCAGCGUGGCGGCACUGGGCGGCAGGCUUUUUGUAUCGGGCGGUUACGACAACACGUUUGAGCUGUCGGACGUAGUGGAAGCGUACGACCCGGCCACUCGCACCUGGAGUGUCGCGGGCCGGCUGCCCCAACCCACCUUCUGGCACGGCAGCGUCAGCAUAUUCCGACAGUUCAUGCCUCUGGUGUCGAACGCCUUUGAGCCGGCCAGCGCGCCGGACGCCAACGCCAUCCAACUGCACCGGCAUCAGCGUCACCAAGCCAUACACAACCUGAAUAACAAUGUCAACCAGGACGUGAAUGCGGCCCACUGACUUUCCAAUGACCCAUCCCCACGCUGUCCGCUUACCUUUGACUUUACCUCAUCACAAUGCUGAAACAUGAACGUCAACUGAUGUUUGGUGACUGAAGGAUUUGAAAGGGGAUCUGAGCCUCAGGCCUGAAAUUGUUACCAUCUAUGUACAAGCAUGAGAAAAACAUCACCUGCAUGCUGUUCUAGUUAUUUGUGAAGAGACCGCCUAGAGCUAGGGCUAAACAAUUCAUGUGAUUAUGUCAUGAAAUGAUUCAAGAAAUCUAAAUUGCAUGGUCACUCGAACAGAUUGUGAACGCUGUUGGUUGGUGUUCUCACUAAGAUUGCGGUGCAAUUGGUGCAAAAGUGGUGACGAUUGGCCGACUAAAUGAGGGUUUUACGCUUUUGGUAGUUCGAGAGCACUGCAACACAAAUUGAAGUUUGAAGUGAUGUAAUUGGAAGUGUUUCUGGAAGAGGUAAAACAAACAUUACCGAAUUACAGAAAAGUAACUUUAUCUAUCACUCGUAUAAUUCUGGGGAAGCCAACAAGCACAUUAAAACCAGGUUUGUUUGAUUUUUGUUGUAUCAAAUGUGGGGGAUGUGACUGCACAUCGCAUUUAAAACAGAACACACAACACGCAAAAAAACUUUGCCUCACGUUCUGGGUUCAAAUCUCAGCUGCUCACUGGGUUUAGUCUGUGAGCUCUGCUUUCUCCCCCGACACAUUCCAAAACAUGUUAGGUUGCCAAAAGACUCUUAAGUAGCCUAUUGGUGUAACAAAAAAAAAAUACUUUUGGUCACAUCACCUUUUUGUUUUACAUGCAUGUACAUGAAAUUUAUCCUUGGCAUUUAAAUCUUCAUGGAGCAGCGGCACCCAAAGAAUAGUUUUUUUUUUUAAUGAAUUACACUGGGCAAGAUACAAUUUUAAGUGUAUUGCUUUUUGUCCCUCUACAUUUUUGGUGCUGAUUUCUAGCUCAUCAGGUUUUUAAGAUUUUCAUUUUGGGGGGGUUUGACCUGCUGCUGUCCAUGGAUGAACCUGCCAAUCUACUGUUUUGAAAAAGGCUGACGUUGUAAUUGUGCGUCACUCAAAUCUAUGUAAACACAUUUGUUAUGCCAUUAUUAAUUAUGCACAUUUAGUCCUCGAGUUCAGGGCCAUGUAACAAUAAC